GAGGAUUUUUAUAUCUAGACUUUAUAUUUUAUUUAUUAUAUUUAUGAUCUAUUACUUAAUUGAAUAACAGUCAAAGUGGGUUUGAGAUGUUCACUGGAAGAGAACACCAGUAUUUACAAGACUAAUGAAGCGCUCAACUGUAUUUAUCUUCAUAUUUAUUCAUUUUUAUCCCUACAUUUUAAGUACAUAUUGCUUUUAAAUAACAUCUUAAAACAUCAUGGAGUUAUUUGAGACAGGAAACGUUGUUAAAGUCUGUGCUCCAAUGGUCCGCUAUUCUAAGUUGGCUUUUAGAUCACUGGUACGGAACUACGACUGCGACCUGUGUUUCACUCCUAUGAUUAUAGCAGCUGAUUUCGUUCGUUCUGCCAAAGCCAGAGACAGUGAGCUAACUACCAAUAACUCUGACCAACCUUUGAUCGUACAAUUUGCUGCAAAAGAUGCCCAAACGCUGGCAAAUGCUGCGUGUAUGGUGGCCCCCUUUUCAAAUGGGGUGGAUUUGAACUGCGGCUGUCCUCAAAGAUGGGCAAUGGCAGAAGGCUAUGGAGCGUGCUUGAUCAACAAACCACAACUAGUAAAGGACAUGGUGAGACACGUCAAGAACCAAGUAGACAAACCCAAUUAUGCAGUGUCCAUUAAGAUAAGAGUUCAUAAGGAUGUAAAGAAGACUGUUGACCUUUGUCAGAAGGCAGAGGCGGCUGGGGUGUCGUGGAUUACAGUUCAUGGGCGAACAGCCGACGAGAGGCAUCAGCCAGUACAUUAUGAUGCUAUCAAGACGAUUAAAGAUAGCCUUUGCAUUCCAGUUAUUGCCAACGGUGACAUCAAGACGCUGAGAGAUGUGGAGUCCAUACAUGAGCUUACAGGGGUGGACGGAGUGAUGUCUGCCCGGGGGCUGCUGGCCAAUCCAGCCUUGUUUGCAGGCUACGAGUACACUCCCUUGCAGUGUGUCUGGGACUGGGUGGACAUCUCUUUGAAGCAUGGGACUCCUUUCACCUGCUUCCACCAUCACCUCAUAUACAUGCUAGAACGCAUUACUUCUCAGCCAGAGAGGAAAGUCUUUAAUGGUUUAUCGAGUACAUCUGCUGUCAUUGAUUACCUACACAACACAUACGGUUCUUUAUAAUGAGGAAUGUAUAUCUGCCACCAAAUAAUAGUAGGCUAAUCCAAGUGCUUAUAAAGCACUACAUCCACCAUUUGACUUUGUCUCUUAUACACUCACACAUAUAGACACUCACUUAUACCUUUAGGCUAAUUAAAGAAGCAGUCUACUUUGGAUCUUUUAGGAAUCUUGAGUACUCAAGGUAAACCCAUGCUCACACACAUCUCAGACAGUGGCAAAAGCAAGAUUCAAACCAGGGUCCUUAGGACUGAUGCUUCUGUGCAUCACUCACUUUACAUAAACCUAUUUUAUACUUGUAUUCAAGGAGUAUUGUGUUUUACUGCUGGUUCUUUCGCUUCUUCCCAUUCUGUGCUCUGUCUUACUGUCCCAUCAGUGUAUCCAUUUGGCCUCUCGCUAAGUGAGAAGGCUAAGAAGUGCACUAUUUUUUUUCAUUCUGUCCAUGAAUUCAGAAGAAGCAAGUGUUACACUGGACAAUCUCUAUGUAAUAGACUAUACUCAGCCAGUGUAAGAUAUACAGCUGCAAAGUAUUCAUAAUCACAACAGUUUUCUAGGAUGAGUGAUGCAAGGGUUCCAGUAUUUUUGGCCAUGAUUGUAUGAAGAAGGGGGUCAUGAGUUUGGGUUAAGGGCUUGUCUUUUUUAUACAACUGAUGUACUGUAUAUUAAUGUUAUUACUUUCUAAAUAAAC